AUGGCAAGUGCCCCUCCUGAACAGAAUCAGAAUCACUGCUCAGCCAUAAACAACAGCAUCCCACUGAUGCAGGGCAACCUCCCCACACUGACAUUAUCUGGAAAGAUCCGAGUGACGGUUACUUUCUUCCUUUUUCUACUCUCUACAACUUUUAAUGCUUCUUUCUUGUUGAAACUUCAGAAGUGGACUCAGAAGAAAGAGAAAGGAAAAAAGCUUUCGAGAAUGAAGAUGCUUUUAAAACAUCUGACCUUAGCCAACCUGUUGGAGACUCUGCUUGUCAUGCCACUAGAUGGGAUGUGGAAUAUUACAGUUCAGUGGUAUGCUGGAGAGCUCCUCUGCAAAGUUCUCAGCUAUCUGAAGCUUUUCUCCAUGUAUGCCCCAGCUUUCAUGAUGGUAGUGAUCAGCCUAGACCGCUCCCUGGCCAUCACGAGGCCUCUAGCUGUGAAAAGCAAUGGCAAGCUCGGACAGUCCAUGAUUGGCUUGGCAUGGCUCCUCAGUAGUAUCCUUGCUGGACCACAGUUAUACAUCUUCCGGAUGAUCCACUUAGCAGACAGCUCUGGGCAGACGGAUGGUUUCUCUCAAUGUGUCACACACUGCAGUUUUCCACAAUGGUGGCAUCAGGCCUUUUAUAACUUUUUCACCUUCAGCUGCCUCUUCAUCAUCCCUCUUCUCAUCAUGUUAAUCUGCAAUGCAAAAAUCAUCUUCACCCUGACACAGGUCCUUCAUCAAGAUCCCCACAAAUUACAACUGAAUCAAUCUAAGAACAAUAUACCAAGAGCUCGGCUGAGGACCCUAAAGAUGACAGUUGCAUUUGCCACUUCAUUUACUGUCUGCUGGACUCCCUACUAUGUCCUAGGAAUUUGGUACUGGUUUGAUCCUGAAAUGUUAAAUAGGGUGUCAGAUCCAGUAAAUCACUUCUUCUUUCUUUUUGCUCUUUUAAAUCCAUGCUUUGAUCCACUUAUAUAUGGAUAUUUCUCUCUGUAA